AUGCCUACCAUACGCAUGCUUCUUGCAUUGGCAGUCAAUCGUACAUGGCCGGUCUUACAACUUGAUGUCUCCAAUGCUUUUCUACACGGCGAUUUACCCGACAAUAUCUACAUGUGCCAACCGCAAGGCUUCGUAGACAAAGAAUCACCCAAUGCCGUAUGCAAAUUACACAAAUCCCUCUAUGGUCUCAAACAAGCUCCUAGGCAGUGGUAUCAAAAGCUUACAACUUUCCUACAAGACCGUGGCUUCCAAUUCAGCAAAUCCGACCCUUCUUUACUUAUUCUCACUAAAUCUCAAAUUCAACUCUAUUUACUCAUCUAUGUUGAUGAUAUUUUAGUGACAGGAAACGAUCAAUCCACAAUUCAAGAAUUGCUCCAACUCGGGGAGAUUUCCUUAUUCCUUCACUCCAACUUUGCUCUCAAACAACUCGGGGAGAUUUCCUUAUUCCUUGGCAUACAAAUUCGGAAAACAGACAACGGCAUCCUACUCACGCAAGAACACUAUGCUCGGAAGAUCUUAAACAAAGCAGGAUUUGAGGACUGCAGAGCAGCUCCCACGCCCGUCACACCUACUCCCAAGCAAAUUAUUUCUGAUAUCACACAAUUCUCUAAUCCCUCUCUCUAUCGUUGUAUUGCAGAUUCUCUACAAUAUCUAUCAAUCACACGACCGGAUAUUGCAUAUGCGAUGAAUCGAGUCUGUCAACACAUGUCCAACCCAACGAAUCAAGACUACAAAAAUCUCACCAGAUUGCUUCGCUACAUCAAAGGUUCUGUCAAUCUCGGCCUACCUAUCACCUCUGGGAAUCUACAACUUCAAACUUUUACAGACGCCGACUGGGCGUCGGAUUGUACAGAUCGAAAAUCUAUCUCAGGUUUUUGCACUUUCCUCGGACCCAAUCUAAUUUCAUGGUCCGUCAAGAAACAGGUUACUGUGGCUAAAUCUUCAACGGAGGCUGAGUACAGGGCUCUAUCCGCAGCUUCCUCGGACGUUAUUUGGCUUAGACGUCUAGCAACUGAGCUCAAACUUACCCAACAGUCUCCGACUCCAAUCCAUUGUGAUAAUGUUUCGGUAAUUGCCAUAGCAAAGAACCCAGUUUUUCAUGCCCGGACAAAGCACAUAGAGAUUGAUUAUCAGUUUAUACGACAACACAUUGCCGCCAAGAACAUCAUCAUACAUCACAUACCUUCUGCAGAGCAAGUAGCAGACAUCUUUACCAAGGCUUUCACACCAACACGAUUCAACAUUCUACGAUCCAAACUAACCAUUCAAAGCCUGAAUGCUUAG